AUGCUUCUAAUUUUCAGUUCUUUCCCAUUAAAUGUGACAAUAUUUGCCCUCUUUGUUCUGAGUGUCAGUGCCCUGGACACUUUUAUUGCUGCAGUAUAUGAACAUGCUAUUAUAUUAUCAAAGAGAACAGAAACACCAGUCCCAAAAGAAGAAGCUUUGCUCCUGGUGAAUAAGAGCAUAGGUGUUUUGGAGAAAGCAGUUAAACUGGCUGCCGGGCAGGGCACACAUAUCAUUGUUACCCCAGAAGAUGGAAUUUAUGGCUGGGUCUUCACAACGGAGACCAUUUGCCCCUAUCUGGAAGAUAUCCCAGACCCUGACGCAAACUGGAUUUCAUGUAGAGAUCCACAUACGUUUGGCUAGACUGUGGUGCAAAAAAGACUCCGCGGCCUGGCCAAGGACAACUCUAUCUACAUUGUGGUGAAUAUUGGGGACAAGAAGCCAUGCAAUGCCAGUGACCCUCAGAGUCCCCCCCCACCCAGUAGUCAUUACCAAGACAACUCUGGUGUGGUAUCUGAUUCUAAGGGUAGGCUGAUGGCAUGCUACCAUAAGUACAAUCUUUUUGCACCUGAAAUUCAAUUUGAUUUUCACAAGGAGUCAGAAUUUGUGACUUUUGACACUCCCUUUGGAAAGUUUGGCAUUUUCACUUGCUUUGACAUUUUUUUCCAUGACCCAGCUGUGGUGGGGGUGGAUGAUCUUCACGUUGACAGUGUUCUCUAUCCUAUGGCAUGGUACAACAAGCUGCCCCUUCUCUUGGCUGCUUUCCACUCCGUGUGGGCCAGAGCCAUGAGAGUGAAUCUUCUUGCUGCAAAUACCCACAACAUCAGCACGCACAUGACAGGUUCCAAAGGUAAGGAGGAAGACGAUAAUGAGGGGUCCGGGUAG